CCUGGGCAUCAUGAGUUACUUCCUGUCUUACUGCAAAGCUCAUGGCGGCGCACUGCUCACCGGCUACCAGGCCCUGCGCGCCGAGGGCUUCUUGUGCGACGUGACGCUGGAAGCCGAGGGCAGCGAGUUCCCGGCGCACAGGUCGCUCCUUGCGUGUUCCAGCGACUACUUCAGGGCCCUGUUCAAGAGCCACACCCGGGAAUCCCGGGCGCGCGUGAUCCACCUGCACGUGCCGUCGGCGGCUGGCCUACAGCGCCUGCUGGACUUCAUCUAUACCGCCUGGCUGCCGCUCUCCAUGGACACCGUGGAGGACACGUUGGAGGCCGCCAGCUACCUGCAGGUCACCGAGGCCUUGGGCCUCUGCGGUCGCUACCUGGAGCGCCAGUUGGCCCCCGAGAACUGCUGCUUCGCCGCCAAUGUGGCGGCGCGCUUCGGCCUGGCGCACACGCUGGGCGAGGCCGAGCGCUGCAUUGUACGCCACCUGCGGGAGCUGCUGGUGCGGGGCGCGGGCCCCGCCGGACUGCUGGAGCUCAACCCCUCGUCGCUGAGGGCCGUGCUGGGUGCCCCCGACGUGGCGCGGGUGCCGGAGGCCCGACUGCUGGGCCUGGCGCUAGCCUGGCUGCGGCAGGAACCCGAGGCCGAACGCCUGGCCUACUGUGCCCCGCUGCUCGAGCGCGUCCGCUUCGGCCUGGUGCCGGCCGACGUGCUGCGGCGCGUGUACUCGGGCUCUGGCCUUACGCUGCCCGCCCGGGUCAAGGGCCUCAUCAUCCAGGCCCUCAACUACCACACGGCGCCCUCCCGCCAGCCGCUCAUGCAGGGCGAGCAGACCAGCGUCCGAAGCCCUCAAACCCGCAUCGUGUUGGUCGGGGGACGCAGAGGGCGGGAGGCGGUGAUCGAGGAGGUCGUGGUCCCUCGGGCGGCAGCCAGGGGCAGGGACGUCGCGGUGGAGCCCCAGGAGGAGGAGGAGGAGGAGGAGGAGGAGGAAGAGGAACCUCAGGAGGAGGAGGAGUGGGAGCUCACCCAGGACGUGGUGGCCUUUGACGUGUACAACCACCGCUGGCGCAGCCUCACGCAGCUGCCCACUCCGCUGCUGGGGCACAGCGUGUGCACCGCGGGCAACUUCCUGUUCGUCCUGGGCGGGGAGAGCCUGUCGGGCGGUGCCUCCUCCCCCGCAACUGACAGCCCGUUGGCGGUCACGGCCCGAGUGCACCGUUACGACCCGCGCUUCCACGCUUGGACCACGGUGCCCCCUAUGCGGGAAGCGCGGGCCCAUUUCUGGUGCGGCGCCGUGGGCGAGGGGCUCCUGGCCGUUGGAGGCCUGGGCGCUGACGGUGAAGCGCUGGCUUCGGUGGAGAUGUAUGACCUGCGCCGGGACCGCUGGACGGCGGUUGGGACGCUGCCGCGGGCGCUGCACGGCCACGCGGGGGCCGUCGGGGACCGCGGCGUCGUGUACAUCUCCGGGGGCAAGGCGGGGAGAAGAGAGGGGGGCGCGAGCAGCCUCCGGGACGUGUUCGCCCUGGGCCCUGGGGAGCAGGCGUGGAAGAAGAAGGCGCCCAUGGGCACGGCCCGCUUCGGGCACCACAUGGCCGCACUGCGUGGCGCGGUGUUCGCCUUUCUGGGGCGCUUCGAGCCCUUCUCCGAGAUCGAGCGCUACGACCCCGGCACCGAUCAGUGGACGCGGCUGCGGCCGCUACCCUAUGAUCGCUUCUGCUAUGGGCUGGCUGUGGUGGAGGAGACGGCGCUGCUGCUGGGCGGGCUUAAGUGGCGGGACUCACGCCAGGUGCCCACCCGUAACGUGGUGGGCUACGACCUGGACCUGGACCGCUGGGAGGACAUUGGCUGCGCGCUCCCCUGGGCCUGGAGCGGCCUGCAGUGCGCAGUGCUGCAGCUGCCCGAGGGUGGGGACGAGGAGAGGGAGGGAGGGUCUGGAGAGGCGCCAGAUUUAGCGCUGGGCUUAAUGGGUUAGUGCAGCCUCCGGGCCACGCAGGAGCAAGUCGCGCCUGAGCCGGCUUCCAGAGCAGCACGUGGGCUUUUCCUAAGAAUGGGACUCAGGUAGCAGAGUGGCUUCUGAAGGUUAAGAACGCAAACAAGGGCCUGGCCUACGAGGAACAUUUCCCCUUCAGCUGAGAAUUUCUAGAAAUUCUCAUGCUGGGCUAGAGAUGGACUUUCGAAAAUAAAAAUGACCCUCUUUUCCGUC